UCCGCCCAAACACGUCCCGGCUUCUUGCUUUACUUCCGCCCGGUCUUCUGAGGAAGGGGGCGGAGCUUGAAGGGUGGUUGGCCCUUCGGGAAGGAACAUGGCGGCGGCUUUGAGAAGCGUGAAGGGAAUGGUGGGCCUGGUGACUGGCGGGGCUUCAGGCCUGGGCCGUGCCACGGCAGAGCGGCUGGUACAACAGGGAGGCAGCGCUGUGCUCCUGGAUCUGCCAAAGUCUGAGGGGGAAACUGUGGCCAAAUCGCUGGGAGAGAGAUGCAUCUUUGCUCCUGCAGAUGUAACAUCAGAAUCUGAUGUGAAGGCUGCCCUUGCUCUGGCCCGGGAGAAAUUUGGCACAGUGGAUAUAGCAGUGAACUGUGCAGGGAUUGCAGUCGCUGUCAAGACCUAUAAUAUGAAAAAGGAUCUUCCCCACAACCUGGAAGACUUCCAAAGAGUUAUCAAUGUGAACAUCGCGGGAACAUUCAAUGUUAUUCGGCUGACUGCAGGUGAAAUGGGGAAGAAUGAGCCUGGCUCAGAUGGACAUAGAGGGGUGAUCAUCAACACCGCUAGCGUGGCUGCUUUUGAGGGGCAGGUUGGCCAGGCUGCUUACUCGGCUUCCAAAGGAGGUAUUGUGGGAAUGACGCUGCCCAUCGCCCGGGAUCUUGCCCCUAUGGGGAUCCGUGUUGUUACUAUUGCACCAGGUCUGUUUGCAACACCUCUUUUGGCAUCGCUUCCUGAGAAAGUGCGGACAUUUCUGGCACGACAAGUGCCCUUCCCAAGCCGUCUUGGUGCUCCAGAGGAGUAUGCCCAUCUGGUACAAUGCAUUGUAGAGAAUCCUAUGAUCAACGGUGAAGUGAUCAGGCUUGAUGGGGCCAUCCGAAUGCAGCCCUGAGCUCUGAGUCUGGCCUGUGUGAGCAAGAAAGCCUGUCCUCCUCAUUAGCUGGGAAUGUCUAUUUCCACUGGACCAUAAUCAUAGUACUUUGAAUCUGUUGACCCUGACUGGAAUCUGGGCCAACAAAGCAAAUGAUUUACACCUGGAUCUUAAUAAACAAAUGAUUAUUCUGCC